AUGCAGGUAACGGGACUGCGUUGGGCAAGAUCAAAGCUCGAGUAUGAAUUCUCUUGUCGGUUAAUAAUUACAAAGAACCUGAAGAUGAGGGCACGAUGGAUUAUUGCCAUUGUGGUAGUAACGUACACAGUGAGCUGCGACGAGAAUUCUAUUAAUCACAAUAUUACACCAAUCGAAUAUGUGCCAUCAUGGACAUACAAAUGCGUUCCAGAUGAAGGAUGUCAAAGAUCUGAGCGUCCACAGCCUAUUGCCUCUAAUAUAUCUUCUUCGUUGUCAAGUUUCGAUAGUGUGGACUUGUGCAGGACUGUUUGUGGAAGAUUUGGCGGUCUGUGGCCCAAACCUGUUACUGCGUCUUUGAGUAGCCAAACAGUGAAAAUCCACCCUAAUUAUUUAAGAUUUGAUCUCAGCAAUGCACCAGUGGAAACGCGUGAAAUCCUAGUUGAAAUGACGCAAGUGGCUACGCAAUAUAUCUUAGAUGAAUGUGAUGGUAAUGUGACCGAUGUUGUGAACACACCCGUCGUGGUUUAUAUUACGGUGAAGACAAACAACCUGGAUCUCACUUGGGAAACAGAUGAACAGUACCGAUUGGAUGUUCAAAGUAAAGAGAAAAGUUCCGUAAUUCACAUUGUAGCGGAAACUGUAUUCGGGGCGCGUCAUGGUCUCGAAACAUUCACUCAAUUGAUCUCAGCAGAUAAACCAGAUUUUAUUGAUCAAUAUAAAUGUACUCUUCGUCUAAUCUCGGGGGCAAAGAUAUGGGACCGACCUGUUUAUAAGCAUAGAGGGUUUCUUCUGGAUACAUCUAGAAAUUUCAUACCAAUGGAUGAUAUAAAGAGGAUGAUUGAUGCUAUGGGAACUGUUAAGAUGAACGUUUUCCAUUGGCAUGCUACUGAUUCUCAUAGCUUUCCUUUGGAAUCCACUCGUGUACCUCAGUUUACAAGAUAUGGGGCAUAUUCAGCAUAUGAGAUUUAUACAACAGAUGAAGUCCGUGAACUGAUUCACUAUGCGAAAGUCCGUGGAGUAAGGGUGGUUAUAGAAAUUGACUCUCCGGCUCAUGCUGGCAAUGGAUGGCAAUGGGGAAAUGAAUACGGCUAUGGAGAUCUAGCAGUGUGUGUGAACGCGAAGGCGUGGCGCAACCUGUGCAUACAGCCGCCGUGCGGGCAGCUCAACCCCGCCAACCCCGCCAUGUACCAAGUACUGCGUGACUUGUAUACUGACCUGGCAGAGGUUUUACCUAGGCCUACUCUGUUUCAUAUUGGAGGUGAUGAGGUUUUCUUCAACUGUUGGAACUCCUCAGAGCAAAUAACAACGUACAUGCAAAGUCAAGGCUACGACACCAAUGUCGAAGGUUUUAUCAAACUUUGGGCGGAAUUCCAUGAAAAGGCUCUUAAAAUAUGGGAUGAAGUAUUAGCGGCUACGGGACAAACGGAUAAAUUACCCGUAAUGUUGUGGUCUUCCGAACUAACCCAAACGCAAAGGAUACAAAAAUAUUUGGAUAAGAAUAGAUAUGUAAUAGAAGUUUGGGAACCAGUAAGCAGUUCUCUUUUAACUCAACUCAUACGUCUCGGAUACAACACGGUGUCUGUGCCGAAGGACAUAUGGUACUUAGACCAUGGUUUUUGGGGACAAACCAAGUAUUCUAACUGGAGGAAAAUGUAUGCCCAUACUUUACCACGAGACCCAAACAUGUUAGGUGGCGAAGUUGCCAUGUGGAGUGAAUACGUUGAUUCGCAAGCUUUAGAGACGCGCGUGUGGCCGCGCGCGGCGGCGGUGGCGGAGCGGCUGUGGGCGGACCCGGGCGCGGGCGCGGGCGCGGCGGAGGCGCGGCUGCAGCGCCUGCGCGCGCGGCUGGCGGCGCGCGGCGUGCGCGCCGACGUGCUGGCGCCCGCCUGGUGCGCGCAGCACGACGCCCGCUGCGUU